GAUUAAGCCGUAGCACAAAUACGGACAGCGCAGAGGCUCAAACCGAGGGCGCUGCUUCCAUGGAUGUUUGACAACAACGGUCACUUCAAGGCCAAUUAUUUUCAGUUACAAAAAUGUCUGCAACUCGCUAUCGGCGGUUCUUGAAGCUGUGUGAGGAAUGGCCGAUGGAUGAAUUCAAAAUGGGCCGUGAUUUGGGAACCUUUUUGCGACAGAGAGUCGCUCUGGCGUUCCGCGAAGGAGAAAACACUCAGAUCUCGGACCCUGAGAAGUGUGAUCAGAUGUAUGAGAGUCUGGCUCGGAUCAACAGUAAUGUGUACAGAGAACGGUUCCCCCGUGUAAUGGACACCAGCUUCACUGGGGUGACCGUGGAAGAAUGUAAAGUGCUUUUAUCAGGGAGUAUGCAGCAGAUGCAGCAGAUGGACGAGGAGAAGAAGGGUUUGUGGAAGACGUUAAUACAGCGCUUCUCAUCGAAGGCCCCAGAAGAGGCAGCGGAGAAGGCCUCCGAGAAAUAGCCUGGUCCUUGCUUCUUUCGCUGCUAAUUCAGCAAUAAAUAGAGUGCUUCAUGGCAUUGAAAUCCAACCAUGUUUAAUGAAAAAGGUCAUUCAUUUAUUCAUGUGUAACUUAAAAUAGUCAAUAAAAAAUAUUUAAAGUGAAAGUAUUUGAAGGUUUGGAUGUGUGAAUACAGAGUACACCUAAAGAUGGAAGACCACUUACUAGUAUAGUUGUUUUAUUUUAAAACCACGCCCCUCACCCAUAUUCAAUGAAGACAGCUGGGACUAUGGCCUAACCAAUGUUGUUAAGAGUACUCUUGCAGUAGAUAAAAAAUAAAUACCUUAAAAUGUACUCAGAAAAGUUUUUCUGCAGAGAAACAUUACGAAAUGGAGGCUUUCUCUGCAACCUGAUAUCGUUGUCAAACUACUUGUUUAUAAAAAGACAAUACUACCGACUCAACAACUGUUUGU